AUGGAGCGAGAGGAGCGAGCGAAGCUGGGCUCGAAGGCUUGGGAAGAGCGGCUCCAGGCGCUCAUGGAAAAGGGAGUUCCCGAUGUCAAGGGCGUUCCUGCAGGCUUUUGUAAGAAGGGUUGUGGGCGCAAAGUGGCACCUGGGAAGACGCGCAGUGGGAAGCCCUACGACACGUGCUGCCGGGGCUGUACACUGGGCUUCGGCCAUGACCUCAUCUGCGGUAAUAUCGACCCGAAGCUCUUGGGCGAAGGCCUGUGCAAGUACGGCUGCGGACGUAAAGUGAACCCUGGCCGGCAUGCAUCUGGGCGGCCCUACGACACCUGCUGUGCCAUGUGUGCCAGCGGUAGCCAUGACCCUCUUUGCGGCAAGCAGGACAACAUUCAUCCGGUCGAGCCCGGUUACUGCAGAAUGAGGUGUGGAAGGAAGGUGGCUGAAGCAAAGGAUGGUCGGAAGUUCGACACAUGUUGCAGAGGCUGCGCAACAGGACAGCCGCACACAGAAGCCUGUGUGGGGCAGUGCUUGAAAUCGGUCCUUUGUUGCCAUGCCCACGGCUUCGUUCACCGCGACCUGAACGCCAAAAACUUUAUGAUCACAGGUGAGGACAGGACGGUGAAGCUGAUUGACUUUGGCCUUGCGACCCGAUUCCACGGCUACCUGCCCAAGGAGCAGUUCAUCGAAAUCGUCGGCACAUCUCAUUACAUGGCGCCUGAGAUGAUCCUGGAUGGGAAGUACAGUCCAGCCGUGGACAUCUGGUCACUAGGCGUCCUGCUCUAUGUGUGCUUGACUGGGCUCAUGCUGCUACCGAAGGAUGACGAGCGCAAGAAACACCUCUUAGGCAAAAAGGGCUACAUCGACCGAAAGCUGGACAAAUGCUCUCAGCUUCAGAAGCGUUCCUGUUCUGAACAGGCGAGGAGCCUCUUACAGAGUAUGCUGCGGUAUGAGCCGUCGCAAAGAAUCACGGCCUCCGAAGCAUUGUCUCAUCCGUUCAUUCUCAAAUACUGCCACUUCUACCUGGGUGUUGAAGCAAAGACGGAGCUGCAACCCGACAUCGUCGACCGGUUGAGGCGCUUCGCGAAGGCUCCCCGACUGAAGAAGGUGUCGCUGCUCUUUAUGGCGCACCUGGUCGAGCACGAUGAGAAGCUCCUGGCAGCGCGCCACAACUUCAGAACGCUCGACCAGAAUGGGGAUGGCGAGAUCUCCCGCGAAGAGCUGGAGGCUGGGCUUAGAAAUGCUGCGAUUCAGCUCCCAGCCGACAUGGCUGAGAUCUUCGACGGGUGCAGCGGACACCGGGAGGGCCAGCUGCACUUCGUGGAGUUCUUGGCCUGCACCAUGCCUGACAGCCUCAUCGACGAACGAUUGUGCCACGAGGCCUUCAGCCUCCUCGAUCCGGACGGCAAGGGCAGGCUGACCGCAGAAGAUCUGCAAGCUGUCUGUCCAUCCUUUGACAUUGAGAGAUGUAAGAAGAUGGUCCGGCAGGCGCAGUCAGACGGUUCCGACUCCUUUGAUUUCGAUGAUUUCUACAUGUUUCUUUGUGGACCUAACAGUGACGAGGCCGCGCAACAGCUUGAAGUCGUCGCAGAACGGCCCUGCAAGGCACCGCGGCUUGACACAGGAGACACAUCUUCCUUCAUCGGGAUUCCGGCAUCCAGCUAG